AGUCUCGCCCGGCCCCCCAAAAUGGCGAAGGAAGCGGCGGGGACGCGCUGAGGGAGACGGAGGCGAGCGUGCCCCCCAAACCGCCGCUGCACGGUUCCGCUCCUGGGCGCCGGGAACAUGCACUUCUCCAUCCCGGAGACCGAGUCCCGCAGCGGGGACGGCGGCGGCUCGGCCUACGUGGCCUACAACAUUCACGUGAACGGAGUCCUGCACUGUCGGGUGCGCUACAGCCAGCUCCUGGGGCUGCACGAGCAGCUUCGGAAGGAGUAUGGGGCCAAUGUGCUUCCUGCAUUUCCCCCAAAGAAACUUUUCUCUCUGACACCUGCUGAGGUCGAACAGAGGAGGGAGCAGUUAGAGAAGUACAUGCAAGCUGUUCGGCAAGAUCCAUUGCUGGGGAGCAGUGAGACCUUCAAUAGUUUCCUACGUCGCGCACAACAGGAGACUCAGCAGGUGCCCACCGAGGAGGUCUCCUUGGAAGUGCUGCUCAGCAACGGGCAGAAAGUGCUGGUCAAUGUACUCACUUCAGAUCAAACCGAGGAUGUCCUGGAGGCAGUGGCCGCUAAGCUGGAUCUUCCAGAUGACUUGAUCGGCUAUUUCAGCCUCUUCCUCGUCCGAGACAAAGAAGAUGGGGCCUUUUCUUUUGUACGCAAGUUGCAAGAGUUUGAGCUGCCUUACGUGUCUGUCACCAGUCUCCGGAGUCAAGAAUACAAGAUAGUACUGAGAAAGAGUUAUUGGGACCCUGCCUAUGAUGACGACGUCAUGGAGAACCGGGUCGGCCUGAACCUGCUCUAUGCUCAGACAGUGUCAGACAUCGAGCGUGGAUGGAUUUUGGUCACCAAGGAGCAGCAUCGACAACUCAAGUCGCUGCAAGAGAAGGUCUCCAAGAAGGAGUUCCUGCGGCUGGCCCAGACACUGCGGCACUAUGGCUACUUGCGCUUCGAUGCAUGCGUGGCAGACUUCCCAGAAAAAGACUGUCCGGUGGUGGUGAGCGCCGGCAACAGUGAGCUCAGCCUCCAGCUCCGCCUGCCCGGCCAGCAGCUGCGAGAAGGCUCCUUCCGGGUCACCCGCAUGCGGUGCUGGAGAGUCACCUCUUCUGUGCCACUGCCCAGUGGAGGCACAAGCAGCCCGGGCCGGGGCCAGGGUGAGGUGCGCCUGGAACUGGCUUUCGAAUACCUCAUGAGCAAGGACCGGCUCCAAUGGGUCACCAUCACCAGCCCGCAGGCCAUCAUGAUGAGUAUCUGCUUGCAAUCCAUGGUCGACGAGCUGAUGGUGAAGAAAUCCGGGGGCAGUAUCCGGAAGAUGCUGCGCCGGCGGGUGGGGGGCACCCUGAGACGUUCUGACAGCCAGCAGGCAGUGAAGUCCCCACCGCUGCUCGAGUCUCCGGAUGCCAGCAGGGAAUCCAUGGUCAAACUCUCCAGCAAGCUGAGUGCUGUGAGCUUGCGGGGGAUCGGCAGCCCUGGCACAGAUGCCAGCGCGGGUGACGUCCAUGGCAACUUCGCCUUUGAGGGCAUUGGAGAUGAGGAUCUCUAACUUUAACUUCCGGUGGCCGGUUGUCAGCCCUCCACCUUGGAGCAGUGUUGAGAAGCUUGCCCUGUGCCUGUCUCCCCCGAGCUGGGGAGUCUUUCUCCCUUCCUGCCUUUCCCCUUUUUUUGCCCCUAGCCAGGGGCCUUCCUUACCCCUUCAACCCUACCCCAGGCUGGCUUCACAAAGGAUCAUGCCCCUUCCCCUCUUCAGAGCUGGCCCUCGAUGCCAAGUUAACCUUUAGUAUUUUUGCACAAAGUCCAAGGGACCAUGGUUCCGUGCCCGGGGAGGAACCCGCAGCUCCCCCAGCUUGCCUUUGGCUUCUGGGGGCCUUGGGCAGAGGGGAUGGGCAGGUCUGUGUUGGGUCUGGCCCAGCCCCCAUCAUUAAACUCAGCCUGAUUGCUGCCUA